GGGUUUGUUGUGCUGGGGUUUUGAGGUUGUGUGUGGACGGGGGGGCGCUGUGUCCUGGCAUGUGACGAGGAGGAGGAGAGGGGGCAGUGAGGCUGAGCAGAGCAGAGUCAGGCAAAACUAGGAUUCGCAGGGGGAUUAUCAGUCAACUAUACCAAUGUGUAUGUGCUAUGGAAGCCAGCUCAACUGCCCGGACUGUGUCUCCCUCCCCCGGGGCUCGGCGAUGUGUCAGCUCGGCCUGUCCGUGAAGGCCCGGGGAUCGCUCCGAUCGAUCGUGGACCUGGCCCGGCCACUCGGAGGACUCGUCCGUUUUAGCCCACCGGCAGUUUCACCCCAGCGAAAACCCUUCUGAACCCCCGGCACUACAGGGAGAGUGGAGCUAUGAUGGCAACGUGACAAGAGGGGAGCCGCUGAGUCAGCUUCAACAGGAACCAUGGAAGAGUUUCAGCAAACUGUUACCGGGCAGCAUGACGGGGUGAACGGUUACUGCGAGCCCAAAUCCCCCCAGGACGCUGCCGAUGUCAGGAGAAUGUCACCGAAGAGAGAGCCUGGUGCUUGGGAGAGCUGUGGGGGGACAAGUUUGUCGAAGCUGACAGACGUCCAAGAGUUGAAGGCCAGGGAAAGUGAGGAUGAGGAGGACAGGGAGGAGAAGGAGGUAGUCCCCAUCUCUAAAGGCCUGAAAGGGGACCAGAAGAGCAGAGAGAAGGAGCCUCUCGAUCAGGAAGAGAACAAUCAUAGCAAGCAAAACAGCAGUGCAGCGUCCAGCUACACAGACCUGUCCCAUACCUCGUCACCCUCGCUGUCAGAGCAGCUGCGUCUUGGACGCGAAGACAACACAGGGUCAGGGAUCAGCGUGGAGUGUAAGGUCUGUGGGGACAAGGCCUCUGGCUUCCACUAUGGCGUACACGCCUGUGAGGGUUGCAAGGGCUUUUUCCGGCGAACUGUGAGGAUGAAACUCGAAUACGAUCGCUGUGAGCGUUCCUGCAAGAUUCUAAAGAAGAACCGCAACAAGUGCCAAUAUUGUCGCUUCCAGAAGUGCCUGUCUUUGGGAAUGUCCCAUGAUGCGAUCCGAUACGGACGUAUGCCUGAGGCGGAGAGGAAGAAGCUGGUGGCUGGCCUGCUUGCAGAGGAAGUGAAUGUUAGCAAACCAGGUGGCUCUGACCUGAAGACCUUGGCCAAACAAGUCAAUGCAGCCUACCUGAAGAACCUCAGUAUGACCAAGAAGAGGGCCCGCAGCAUCCUGACAGGCAAAACCAGCAGCACCUCGCCAUUUGUGAUCUACGAUGUGGACACACUCUGGAAGGCAGAAAGUGGUUUGGUGUGGAGCCAGUUACUUCCAGGUGCGCCCCUGACCAAGGAGAUUGGGGUCCAUGUGUUCUACCGCUGUCAGUGUACUACGGUGGAGACUGUGCGAGAGCUCACUGAGUUUGCCAAGUCCAUUCCAGGGUUUGUGGACCUCUUCCUUAAUGACCAGGUAACUUUGCUGAAGUAUGGUGUGCAUGAGGCUAUUUUUGCCAUGUUGCCGUCUCUCAUGAACAAAGAUGGACUGUUGGUGGCCAACGGUAAAGGCUUCGUCACCAGGGAGUUCCUGCGAAGCCUAAGAAAGCCCUUCAGUGAGAUCAUGGAGCCCAAAUUUGAGUUUGCUGUCAAAUUUAAUGCUCUGGAGCUGGAUGACAGUGACCUGGCCCUGUUUGUUGCUGCCAUUAUUCUCUGUGGAGAUCGUCCCGGGCUAAUGAACGUGAAGCAAGUGGAGCAGAGUCAGGACAACAUCCUCCAGGCUCUGGACCUCCAUCUCCAAGCAAACCACUCUGACUCCGUCUACCUCUUCCCCAAGCUGCUGCAGAAGAUGGCCGACCUCCGUCAGCUGGUUACUGAGAACGCUCUGCUUGUCCAAAAGAUUAAAAAGACUGAGUCUGAGACCUCGCUCCACCCUUUACUACAGGAGAUCUACAAAGACAUGUAUUAGUGUUCUUCAGCACAGACUGCUUUCAGCAAUACUGUUACAGACUAAAAUUUGACAUUUGAAAUAAUACACUGCAUUCAGUACAAGCACUGUUCCACAUUCGGGCUUGGAUUUUAUCAUGUGCAGAUGAGACAGUCGAAUGGUAGAGUUAACACAAUCAGCAAAGUCUUCGAAAUGUCAGCGUUACCUUCACAGGAGUGUGUGCGUGUGUGUGUGUGUGCGUGCAAGAGAUAGAGAGAGAGAGAGAUGAACAUCUGGAAUCAUUUGCUGCAAGUCCAAGUUUCCCACAACGUUCACUUAACAUGAGAAUGAUAUGUUUUCUCACCAAAGCUGCUCCUAUUUCAUCCUAAUAGCAAAGCUGACCCCAGAGCAGUGUCUAGAGAGAGCUUCUCCUUGCUCACCACGGCUCUGAGCUUUGCCGUAAAGGGAAAGCAUUUCAUGUUCUUUCACCAAUGGCUCAGCUGCAAAAGAAAAGAGCCAUCAGUUUGUACUUUGCAAGAGUUUCUUACGAUGCCAAUGUCUUUGGUAAGAGUGAUUGUCGCCUAACUUAGGGUGAAACUGAAGAUGCACAAAUUGGUUUUAUGUUUACAUCAUUAUCAUCAUCAAUGACUUCUUCCUUUGCCAUUUGGUUUGUAAAACACAAACUGGGCUGGCUCCAGCAGUGUAGAGCUCUCUCAUUGCAGCUGUCUGUGCAAUACAAUUUCAAUUUUUUCAAUAAAUGUGGAGAUCCAAGUUCUGUUAGCUUUUGUCUUAAAGCCAUCUACCCAAGUGGUAACUAAUGGACUAUGCUGCACAGAUUUACUUUCUGAAGCUGACACUAUAAACACGUGACCCGCUGAAGUACAAGGGACAACAAGUUUGUUCUUCUUUUUUUUUCUUUUUUUUUUUCUCGAACAUGCAAACCAUCAUGAACUUGCUGUUUAAAGGUUUUUGUUCGUUCAUUUGUAAUUAUGUUACUAAUUAUUUGUAAUUUUUGAUCACAAAACCUGAAUUAUCUUUGUUUUAUGUAUUAAUUAUGUCUUCUUUCAUUUUACAUGCCUGCCUAUUUAGUUUAGGUUGUACCAAAUAUAUCAUCAAGCAUACCAACACAUUUUUUUUCUCCUUGAUGGAUUUGACGCCUUAGCAGGAUUGAUCUUAAACCAGCAUAUUAUUCUGUGAUAGUAUUGGCAAAAAAAUUGACGAUAAGAAAUCAAUCAGCAUCCAAGUAUAAUUUGUUUUUGUUUGCCUAAGAUUCACAAACAGUUCUAGAUUACAACUCUGUCUGUGUCCAAUCUGAUUUGUCUUGUUAGAGAGGCACAAAGUGUAACAGCCUUACAAAACUGUUUCCAGGAUUCAUAGUUUUUUUUCUGUUUUUUUCCCCAAUACUUUGUCAGACUUAUUUUUGUGCUGUACUUAUUCUGAGUGGACUCAAGUACGUCAGCAGCAGUGCACACAGACUCCACCUUCAGAAUCCUCUUCCUGUGCUAUUAUUCUGUCUUGAUCCCUAUAUCUACCUCUAAUGUAUGAUCUGUGAUGACAUUCUUCCACUGUCUCAUCCAAUAUCUGACAAUUUUCUAAUGACUAUAUUUUUUUUUUUGCCUUAAUUCCUGCUUUUUGGUACACAUUGCAAAAUUGAUUUUAUUGGCUGAUGUGGAUGGAUAAAAAAUGAGAAAGUACACCAAAAAAAGUGGUAAGCUACCUCUAUGUCUGUGUAAGUGAUGGAUGGAACAGAUGUGUUGAAGUGUGAAUACUUGAAAUGAUUUUCAUCCUUAUCAUCACAUGUAACCUACCUGCAGAUGUAGUGUAGUUUACAUCUCACCUAUAAACUUGAUUAGAAAUGCUGA